UGAACAAAGACAAAGUGGUCAGCUGUUACCUGUCUGUACUAGCUCACCGACCACCUGAUUCUCCCCUCGUUAAAACUCCGAAAUGUGGACGCAGGCUAUUGUUCUUGUCCUUCUGGGACUCACUUUACAAACAGCUCACUGUCAAAUGGCUAAUGCGAUGGAGCAGAUGAUGAGCAAUCCCUUAUUCGUUAUGAGUAUGAUGCAGAACCAAAACCAAAACCAGGGUUCAAGCAGUUCUUCAUCCGGAAGUGGAAAUGCAUCCGGAGGCGGAAACAACCUAAGCAACAUGCUCAUGCAAGCAGCAAUGUUCGACAUGAUGGAGUCUGGAGGUAUGGCAGGUAUGGCCGGUAUGGCUGGUAUGGCAGGCAUGGGAGGAAUGGGUGGUAUGAUGGGCAUGCCCGGUAUGAUGGGUGGCCUUAACCCCAUGCUUCUUGCUGCUGCCAGCGGAGAGAUGAACCCAAUGAUGACAAUGAUGAUGCCAGGAAUGGGCGGAAUGGGAGGUCUUGCCGGUAUGAUGGGAGGUAUGGGAAGGAUGAUGGGACCUGGAGGAAGAGCCAUGGGCAGGCCAGCAGCCGGAGGAAACAGAGUAGGAGGUGCUGCAGCAAGAACACCAACAUCCGGUUAAAUCAUUUAGGUGUCUAAAUUAUUAAAUUAUUUUGUUGUAAAUAUUGUAAACCAACUCUGUUUAUUGUUGUGAGAAUAAAUAACAGAAAAUAACAA